AUGUUGUGUGAAUACAGCGGCGAAUAUAAAUCUAAAAACAUGCAAUUGACUAAAGAAAUAAGCACAAAAUAUAUCAAAUAUCCGUGGCAUGUAAAUUUGUCACAACCGCAGAAGAAUAAUCCUAAUGGAAAUAUUUAUAUUACCACUUUAGACAAUAGCCAUAAUCAUGACUUGUCCUCUUAUAGAACAAAAUUUUUUAAUAAUAGUGAACUUACCCAAGAAAUAUAUGAUAGGGUAGAAUUUUAUGUAAAUACUGUUAAGUUAAAGCCACUACAAAUUCAGAGGGCUUUACGAAAAGAAUUUCCUGAUCACGAAGUAUACCUUUCUGAAAUUCAUAAAGCAAUAGCAAAAUAUUAUAGUAGGAAACGAAAGGAUAUAUUAAAUGAUGCUGCAUCAUUGUAUGAAGAAUUAGUAAGAAGAAAAAAUGAAGAUCCUCGAUA